AUGAAGCCAGGACAACUGUAUAUUUCUAUGUAGAAUCGUAAUGAAGACCAUGACUUGGGGCCGGGACUCACACAAUUUAUUCGACUAUGAGUCAAGGAAUUGCAUCAAAAAGCAAUUUCAAACAUCAAGCCCUUGCCAAGUCACUCGCCUAGAGACCGAUAUCAAUUUACUAUUUUCUCAGGCAGAUCUCAAGCGAGCCAGCUCACAUCCCGAUAUUCUUGCUACUAUAUAUCAAGAAAACGGCUCAUUUUAUAUUAAAUCCGAAGAAGAGCCGCUCUGGCAGGUUGUAAGAUCUUUGAAAACCAGUAGUGGGCCAGGCCAUGUACUGCAAAAAGGCGACACCAUAAAACUAGGAAGAGCUUGCUAUAAAAUAAAAGAUCUGAAUUCUGGCAAUGACGACUCUUCAAGUGAUCGGACACAAGAAAGCGAAGAAGAGUCAACAAAUGAAAUUCCUGAGGAGUAUGAAAAUGGCGUCUGUAGAAUCUGCUUCUGUGAAGGCGAGCCUGGGAAUCCUCUUAUCGUACCUUGCAACUGUACUGGGUCUGUAAAGCACAUUCACUUGCAAUGCUUGCAGAAAUGGCUGUCUUACCAUAUGUCAUCUAAGCAGUGCGAAAAUUCUGCAGUUUAUCACUGGAAAACAAUUGAGUGUGAGUUAUGUAAAGGCGUAUUUCCAUUUAGUUUAGGUAUAAAAGGAAAAGAUUACAAUUUAUUCCAAGUGGAAAAACCAGAUAUUCCUUAUAUUGUUCUUGAAGCAGCUGGCCAAAACAAAGGAAAUGAAAAAGGAGCGCAUGUCAUUACUUUUUCGCAGCAGUCCUCAGUUAUAUUGGGAAGGGGACAUGAGAGUGAUGUCAGGAUCGCUGAUAUUUCAGUUUCCAGGUGUCAUGCAAUUAUAAAGUAUGAAAAGAAUCAAUUUGUCUUAGAAGAUAACAACUCGAAAUUUGGGACAUUGCUGCAAGUAGCAAGGCCGAUAGAAAUUCCACUGAAUAAUACAGUUGCAUUACAAGCUGGAAGGACAGUGAUGGCUUUAUCUUUAAAAGCAAGCAGCUCAAAUAUCAGUGCUCUAUAUGAUGCGUCACUGGAUGAGGCUGAACAUUAUGCUCCUCACAAAAGGUCUCUAUAG